AUGGUGUUUUUCUGUCAAGUUAUCCGCUCUUCGACCUCCGACUCCGACUCUGAUUAUGGCUCUCGCUCGAAGAAGAAGAAGAAGCCACGCGUUUCUGGCGACGAACUACGCGUCUCUAGUCGUGGAGUGAAGAUUCCAAACUACAUGGAUGACGCUCAGGACUUGUCCAUGCUUGACGAGGAGGAAGUCGACCAGGGAUACUACGUCGAUCCGUCUCAGUUCAAAGAGGAAGACGAGAUUGAAGCUGUUCUCAGCCACUGUAGGGAUGAACAUAGACUAGAUGACGCCGAGGACUUGUGGUAUGACAACAUACGGUUCCAUAUCAAGUGGAAGAACUUUUCUCACCUUCAUAACACCGACGAGCUGUACGAAUUUCUGAAGCGCUUUAGGGGCUUGAAGCGCGUGGACAAUUACAUCAAAGCGUACAAACUUUAUCAAGCGCGUCUUAACGCCCCCGGCCUGUCCUCCGAAGAACGCGAAUCGCUGCUCUUGGACAAGGAGCGAGAGAAGGAAGAGCUCGAGACAUACAAAGUUGUCGAGCGGAUUGUUUCCCACCGAGAAGGCGCUGAGGGCGAUACCGAGUACUUCUGCAAAUGGACAGGGCUCAAUUACGAACACUGCACUUGGGAAACGGCCGAAGAGGUUGCGCCCAUUGCUAAGGCGCAGAUUGAAGCGUACCGUAUACGCGAGGCCGAAGCAAAGUUCCCUUACAAGAGCAUACAGUAUGCGCGCAAUCAGCGUCCAAAAGCUCACCGUAUGACAAAAGAUCCCGACUAUAUCUCAGAGACCGGUGGUGAACUUAAGGAUUUCCAACUUACUGGUCUCAACUGGUUGGCAUAUUCUUGGAGUGAAGGUGUCAACGGUAUCCUGGCAGAUGAGAUGGGCUUGGGCAAGACCGUACAAACGGUUUCCUUCCUCUCUUAUCUCUUCCAUGAGAUGCAACAAUACGGCCCUUUCCUCGUCAUCGUCCCUCUAUCUACCAUCACAGCAUGGCAAUCACAGUUUGCCACUUGGGCACCCGACAUUAAUGUGAUCACAUACAUCGGUACCGCAGCAGCCCGUGAAGUCAUUCGGACAUACGAGUUCGGAGCGUCCAACAAGAAGUUGAAGAUGAAUGUUCUCUUGACCACUUACGAGCUUGUGUUGCGUGAUGCAAAGGAGCUCGCGGAUAUCAAAUGGCAUGCACUUAUCGUUGACGAGGCUCACCGACUGAAGAACUCGGAAAGUCAGCUUUACGAAGCCCUGAGGUCGUUCCCUUCCGCUUCGAAACUCUUGAUCACAGGUACUCCGCUGCAAAACAAUGUGAAAGAACUUCUUUCAUUGAUGCACUUCUUGAUGCCUGAGAAAUUCGCUCUAUCGGAUGAGUUUGACUUGAAUGAUGCGGAUCAUGAAGAAAAGAUUAAAGAACUUCACAAGCAGCUCGAAAGCUUGAUGUUGCGAAGGCUGAAACGGGACGUGCUAACCUCCCUGCCCACGAAAAGCGAGCGGAUUCUGCGGGUUGAGAUGUCUGCCCUGCAGACCCAUUUCUACAAGAACAUCUUGACAAAGAACUUCCAAGGGCUGGUCAAGAGUGCCAACGGCAACAACAACAUUAGUUUGCUGAACAUUGCGAUGGAGUUGAAGAAGGCCGCCAAUCAUCCAUACUUGUUUGACGGUGCCGAAGCCCGGACAGAUAACCAAGAAGAGACUUUAAAGGGACUUGUCAUGAACAGCGGGAAGAUGGUUUUGCUCGACAAGCUCUUGGCCCGACUUCGUCAAGAUGGCCACCGUGUUCUCAUCUUCAGUCAAAUGGUUCGCAUGCUUGAUAUCCUCAGUGACUACAUGAACCUGCGGGGUUACCAGCACCAGCGAUUGGAUGGGAUGGUGGCAUCCGAUAUUCGCAAGAAGUCAAUAGCACACUUCAAUGCACCCGGCUCUCCUGAUUUCGCUUUUUUGUUGUCAACACGUGCAGGAGGAUUAGGUAUCAACCUAGAGACUGCUGACACUGUCAUCAUCUUUGAUAGUGACUGGAAUCCCCAAAACGAUCUGCAGGCUAUGGCCCGAGCCCAUCGCAUUGGCCAAAAGUCGCACGUCAGCGUCUACCGCUUCGUUAGCAAGGACACUGUGGAGGAGGAUGUUUUGGAGCGCGCCAAGAAAAAGAUGAUCUUGGAGUACGCCAUUAUCAACCAGAUCGACACGACACAGGCACAUUUAAGCUCCAAGGGUGACAAGGUCAAGGAUGCCGCGAAGCCUGACAACCUGAGCAAGGACGAAUUGACUGCUGUGCUCAAAUAUGGUGCCCAGAAGAUGUUCGACAAGAAUGACGAACAACAAGAUCAGAAGCUUGACGAGAUGGAUCUUGACGAUAUCCUCAAUCGCGCCGAGGACCACGAGACUGUGGCUGCCACCGGAGAUGGAGGCACUUCUUUGGGCGGUGAAGGUUUCCUUGCGCACUUUGGCGCCGAAGUGAGCGAUGUCAAGAAUGACAUGAACUGGGAGGAUAUCAUCCCCCUCGACGAACGACAGAAGUUUGAGGCCGAGGAAGACGCCCGCAAGGCCGAGGAAAUGGCUGCGCAGGAGUUGAAAGACCGCAAACGCUCACAUGCUCCGGUGUCAUACGAGGGCAUGGACGUGGAUCAGCCUGCCAACCAAGUCGCUCCUAAGAAGCCCAAGAUCCCCGGACCGACUCGCAAGACUGCUAGCCAAAAGGCGAUGGAGUUGAAGGAGCGCGAUGUCCGUGUGCUCAUCCGUAGUCUUCAGCGUUGGGGGGACAUACGACAACGUUACGAUGUCAUUGUUCAAGAAGCGAAGCUCGUGGACAAAAACAAGGCCAUGAUCGUGGAUGUUUCCGACGAGAUCAUUGAAAUCUGCUCUUCUGCAGUUGAUGACAAUAACUCUCAAAAGCGUACCAAGGUGGCCAGUGGCGAGACGUUGACGACUGCACAAAAGAGCAAGGCUGUCCUCGUCACGUACCGUAACGUCAGUAACAUCAACGCGGAAACUGUAGUUUCUCGUUACCACGACCUCCGUGUGCUCUAUACUCAUCUGCAGGAUCUUUCGACCGAAGAGUUAUAUAGCUGGGCCCUUCCGGUGGACAAUAUCCGCCCGACACUGAAUUGGUCUUGUCGAUGGGGUCCUGGUGAUGAUUCUAUGUUGCUUGUUGGCGCGUUCAUUUACGGCUUCGGCAAUUGGGAGGCGAUGCAAAAGGAUCCUCGGCUGGGACUUGAUGGCAAGUUCUUCCUGGAGGAAGGCAAGAAGAGCGAGGACUCUGCCUCGCGACCCAUUCCCAACGCCAUCCAUCUUGUCCGGAGAGGAGACUUCCUCUUGGGCAUACUACGCGAGUACGAUGAGAAGCUGCGGUCAUACGAGACAUCUCUCCGCACGAAGGGCCAACUCAAAGUGUCUGCGACACCUCCGCCUGCUCCCGCCGCGUCCACUUCGAGUGCUGCGCUCAACCGCAAACGCCGUGCUGAGAGCGAGGCUGUCGCAUCGGUCGAAGAUCCUUCGAAUAAGAAACGAAAGCGGCGGCCAACUCCCACUUUCACGGACUCUGAGUCGUCGGACGAGUGUCCAUCCAUGGAUGAAGCCACUACAAAAGAAGAGCUGCGUCCUGUCAAGAAACAACUCAAACAGCUAAAGCUCUCUGGUGAAGACAUGCCCCGAGACGACAAAGUUGCCAUUCUCAAGGACUCACUUGCUGCUAUUGGGCGACGGAUAGAUCUUGUCCUUAGUGCGAAGGAGCAAGCAGGAGAGGAUGUAGAUAGGUGGCGGCGGCACCUCUGGACCUUUGUUACUCUUUUCUGGCCAAAGAAGGUGAAAGCAUCCAAACUCGAGGAGAUUCACGCCAAAAUGGUCAUGAAGGAGAGUGCACCCAAGCCGUCAUCUGAUGUCGCUGGCAAAAAGCCUCGUCCUAGCACAGGAGCCAAAACCAACGGCACCUCCUCAGCGAGCUCGUCCAUCAAAGCAAAUGGCAAAUAUCAUCGAUGA